AUGGAGAUGUCAGACUUCGUUGAGUACGCUCCGACUGACAAACCAGAUCUCCUGCGCACAGCCAACGGUAUCACAAAGUGUGUGGGCUAUGGGACUGUAUUGCUGAAAAGCGUUACCCUUGACGGCAAGCCAACGGUCAUACGCCUUGGUCACGUCGGGUACAUCCCAGACCUCACUAUGCGGCUCAUCAGUCUUGGAGAUAUUCUCAGAAGAGGGAUGGUUUGUCGCGGAAACGCGCGCCAGAUCUCUAUCUUUGAUGAAGGCAGUGGCGCUCACUAUAUGACGUGUAUCAGGGGUCCAUUCCUCAAUAACAUGUACUACCUGGCACAGCCUGGGGAUAACGUCAUGAGCGCGCCCUUGGCAUCGGUCUACGCAUUGGACUAUGAUACAAUGCAUCGCCGCAUGGGUCACCCAUCUGAUGACGUUCUACGUCGUAUGCGAGAUGGAACGGAUGGCUUUCCACUGGAUCUUAAGAUUCCUAGCGAGCAUCCUCCCUGUCACGGUUGCGCUAUGGGCAAGACGCCGCAGCGCAGUUUUCCACCUCUUGAAGAACGUGCUUCAGCACUCUUUGAGACCAUCCACUCCGACUUGAAGGAGUUCCCUACUGAGUCGUACUCGAAGUAUAAGUAUGUCAUCGUCUUCAUCGAUGACUACAGCUCGUACGCAUGGAUCGCCAGACUUCGCAAGAAGAGCGAUUCCCUCCAAGCGCUGAGAGAAUUCUUAGCUAUGGUCGAGACGCAGUUCAACUCUAAAGUUCGUUCAUGGCGCUCUGAUCAAGGGGGAGAACUCAUUGGGAACCUCAACAAGUCUCCUACGGAGUUCCGCAAACUGCUUGAGUCCAAAGGGAUUCGCGUGCGCGGUAGUGCACCUAACGCCCAUGGCCAGAAUGGUCGUGCAGAGCGCUUCAUACGCACUAUGAUGGAAAAGAGCGAGGCCUUGCGGCAUGGCGCCUGCAUACCUCAAUCCUGGUGGGAAUUCAGUAUCAAGCAUGCUGUCUACCUGUACAACCGGUCACCGGUACGUCGCCUUGAAUGGCAGACACCGUACAGUGUCCUCAAAGGCAAACCCCCACGCAUUGACAAGUUGCGUGUGUUUGGGUGCGGCGCGUAUGUCUUCAUACCUGAAGAAGUGCGCAAGAAUAAACAACAGCCGCGUGCGGAGCUGAUGAUCUACCUUGGUGUCGCUCCUGGAGGACUUGGCAACCAUCUGUUUAUGCGUUUGCCAAAUAACAUGCUUUUUACUGCCGCACAAGCGCUCUUUGAUGAGCACCUGUUCCCUCGCUGUAAGAAGAGCAUGGAAGGCCGUCACCGGCCCACUGUGCUUGACCAGCGGUAUACACUACCUCCAAAGGAAUCCACUUGGUUGGACGACGAAGAUGCGGUACCCGCACCGUCGCACUCCCAUCACGAACCUCCCGUUGAAAAGAGACAGGACGCUCAGCAUGACGAUGCAGAGCCGCAGCCUCAGGUGCGUACGCCCAAACAAGAGCGUAGUCCUAGUCCGCCUGCUCAAGCACCGGAAGUGCCGCCUGCUGUUGAGAUACCGCAGCCGCGCCGCACUGCUAGAGUCAGGAAUGCUCCCGCUCGUCUACGAGAUAAUGCGCAUGGUGAUCGCCCACCAGCGCUACUCGAUCAGGACCGGCGCAGGAAAGUUGGCAAUGAGGGCCCUACCAAACGGCCAACCAAGGCCCCUCAGACGUCUGCUGAACAGGUUCCCGGACCUAGUUCGCAACCCACGCCACAUCCUAAUGACUAA